AGGAAUGGCAUUUGCACCCCCCAAAAACCUGGAGGGUCCCAAGAUGCAAACCAAGAUGAGUGCAUGGACCCCCCUGAAUCAUCAGCUCAUGAAUGAUAAGGUAUUUGAAGAAAGAAGAGCCCUGCUGGGGAAAUGGUUUGAUAAAUGGACCGAUGUCCAGAGGCGAAGAGUCCUGACGGAUCUGUUAGAGCGCUGCUCUCUGCCACAGCUGAAGUUCUGUGUCAAGCAGCUGCAUGAUCGUGUCCCAGCUGAAGCGCUGGAUUUCACUACAAAGCUUCCCAAGGCAUUGUCACUGUACAUCUUUUCUUUCCUGGACCCUCGGAGCCUCUGUCGAUGCGCCCAGGUGAGCUGGCACUGGAAAUACUUGACGGAGCUGGAUCAACUGUGGAUGCCAAAAUGCCUGCGUUUUGGGUGGUUUAUCAACUUCUCUCCAACCCCAUUUGAGCAAGGAAUCUGGAAGAGACAUUACAUUGAAAUGGCAAAAGAGUUCCUUGUUACCAGGCCUACGACCAUCCCAAAACACGACUUUGUGGUGGUUGAUGUUCAGCCAGUGGCUAAAGAGACCCCCGAGGCGAGACCGUCCUUGUCCACAAUCCUGCAAUUAGGGAAGAAGUUGGAGAAGGACAAAAGAGGGCUCCCUCCAUGGCGUUCUUCAGAUAAGCAUCCGAUGGACAUCAUCAGAUUCAAUUACUUGGACAACUAUGAUCCUAUUGAGCAAGCGAGGCAAGCUAGAAAAAAAGGAGGAGGGCUAACCCCAGACCUCAGCCAGCAAGCUUUUCAGAAAAAACGGAAACCAAGCAGUGGAACAUACAAACUCCGGAAAGCAAAGUCAUUGCAGCCUAGUGCUGAGUUGCCAAGAAUGCAGGAGGGUAGAAAUCAGAUGUCCCUCUCGGCAGACCUUGACUCACACCCGAAAUUUCCAGUUCGCCCAAGCUGGGCUACCCACCAGUCCACUGGCUAUCCUGUAACCAAAACAACAGCUAAGCUCCUUGCCCAAAGUGCCCAGUGGAAUGCUGGGAUACGACCACCACCUGUUCAGGGUCCAGUCCCAAAGCUGAGCAAGAAGGGGAAGAAGUCUUUUGCAAGAACAACCAGAAGCUCACCAAGUCAGUAA